AUGUCAGAGACACGAGAAAAACACCAGGACUGUGUACCGCUACGGGUACUGCUUUGGAACAAGAGCAAAAGCACUUGGCACCAAGACCAGAUCCGCCCGACGGACUUUUACAGCACAGAAGAGUCUUCAAAACCGCAUCCUUUGCUACGCACCAACUCUCAUGUAGUAGUAAUCUUUGCUGACGCCGACAAGGUCCGCGACUGUCCGUCUUGCCAACGAUGCUUCACCGACCAAUUCCAGAUGCCUGAGCUCUGGUGGGCUAAAUACACUAAAAGAUCGAACGGCUACUUUGGAUGCGAAACAUUUCGAGAUGAUCAAGGGAAAGUCACAGCGCUCAACACAUGGUCUCGGUUCCUGGUCAAGCAGCUAAGCGAAACCUACCAUCAAUGGUACAAGUUCAACGUCUUCACCAGAUGGAUCGCGUCUUCUCGCAAGACUUUCCUUCUUGCCUUUGAGUCCCCAAAGCAGUUUAAGUUGGCAGAAAGCUUUCCGAACCUACUAGACGGCUCACAUAGAGCACCUCUUAAUGAUCCCUUCUGGGUCCACGUUCGACUACUCGAGGAGCUUGCUCGCCUCCAGGACAUUGCUGUCUGGACCAUUAGAAAUGGCGUUCGGACAGCUGAACGCGAAAGAGAACCACGAGGGAAGCCGGACCCUGACUACGAUCGCUUGCACGAUCUUGCCAAAGACGCCAUCCAUGUCCAUGAGACACUCAAUGUAUCAGAGAAGACGGUAUCGUCGAUGGUACAUCAUCACAAUACUUUCAUGGAAGACGCUCUGUUUGGAGGGAGAUUGGGAAGAGCUGAUUUUCGAUAUGUUCACGAACGGUUGCUCUGGUACGAGCACAUCAUUCAGAGCCUCCAGUGUCGAGCAUCAUCCAAUAAGGAGCGAUUACUCAACGAGAUCCAAUUGACUUUCAACACCGUCACACAGUACGAUUCUCGCAUCUCAGUCCAGAUCGGUCGCGCAACCCAGACAGACAGCGCAGCGAUGAAGACCAUCGCCUUUGCAACCUUGGCCUUCCUGCCAGCGACAUUCAUCUCGGCGGUCUUCAGCACAUCUUUCUUCAAGAUCGAUGAAGGGACUGGGAAAUGGGGUGUCUCCGAUAAGUUCUGGGUUUACUGGGCUUUCGCGAUACCUGUAACUAUUGCAACUUCCGGGCUGUGGUACCUGUGGCAGCGAGCUUUCCCGCCUGCCAUGAUUGGAGAAGAAGAGCAAUCUGCCGAGAAACUGAAGAGCCCAUUUUGGGAGGAGACUUUUGAUAGUAGAGGGUUGCUUGGAGGGCGGCAAGGUGUCUGA